CGUCAUAAAAACUAAAAGAAAAUAAACGGAGAGGGAGAGAGAGAGAAAGGAUCAGAGGAGUAAGAGAAAAGUUAGAAAUCAGAGGGAGGAAAAACAGAGGGGUUGGGUAAGAAGAAGAGAGAUGUCACCGGCGAUUAAGAAAAGACUUCGCCGGGCGAGGAGUAAGGAAGAGCUCGACGGUGAUGGUGACAGUGACGACCCAGAGGACGACGGUGAGAAGAAAGAAGAGGUGACGAAGAAGAAGGCAGAUUUUCUGCUCUGUUUCAGGCGAACAGCAGAGAUGAAGAACAAGAAACCAGAGACAACGCCGGCUGUGCAUGCAAGCUUCUGGUCACAGAAAAGAGAAAGAGAUGAUGGUGAUGGUCGUUGAAGCGGCUAAGAAGAAGAAGAAUGGCAGCGGUGAGUGGUGCUAAGAGCAAAAAGUCAGAGGAGCGGCGCAGAGAAGUGAGAAUAGGGCCGUGGUGCUGCUGCAUGCAGAAAAAGCGUUCGGUAAAGACAGAUCGGAGCAGAAAGACAGACGAUGCCGCUGAUGGAAGUUCUGUCUCAGUGAAGAUAAAGGUUGAGGAUCUGUUGGUGUUUGAGUGAUGGUUGAUGGCUGUUUGGUAUAAGGUAGUGGUGAACAGUUUCAGGUAUUUUGUUUCUGGAUUAGUGAUGGCCGGAUGUCAAUUGGUGUAUGAUGUAUAAGGUUGUGUUUGGCUGAAGUUAUGGAUUUCAAAUUGGGUGCGUGGAUCCGAAACUUUUUAAGAUGCAGGUAUUUGUGAAUGUGUCACAUCCCAGAUUCCCAGCUAUCCCUAUCUCUGCCCAGUCGGUUGUUGUGUCACAUCCAUCAUCAGUAUGCAUAUUUUUAGUACUCUGAGCCUUCUUGUACAGUGGUUUGCAUAUGUUGGCGACAAUAAUGUACUCAUCCGAGGGAGAAGUAUACAACCUGUCAUCAAAUGCAGAGUGCAUGCAUGGAGAAGAAUUGAGUCAAUCAAAAGAACAUGAAAAGAUCAAUGACUUGCGAGAAAGAGGAUAUAUGGAACACGGAUGUCAACAUUACCGGAAAAGAUGCCGUAUUAGGGCCCCCUGCUGCAACGAGAUUUUCCACUGUCGCCACUGUCAUAAUGAGGCAAAGUAUGAUAUCAGGAUUGUUCCGAAGCUUAGACAUGACAUUCCCCGUCAUCAAGUUAAACAUGUGAUAUGUUCACUUUGUGGGAUUGAACAAGAGGUUCAGCAAAACUGCAUUAAUUGUGGAGUUUGUAUGGGCAAGUACUUUUGCGGGAUAUGCAAGCUUUUUGAUGACGAUGUAUCUAAGAAACAAUACCAUUGCGGCGGCUGUGGAAUUUGCAGAACUGGAGGAUCUGAAAAUUACUUCCACUGCGACAAGUGUGGUUGUUGCCACUCAACUCUGCUAAAAAAUAGUCACGCUUGUGUGGAGAAGGCAAUGCAUCAUGAUUGUCCUGUUUGUUUUGAGUAUUUGUUCGAAUCGAUGCAUGAAAUCGCUGUCUUGCCAUGUGGACAUACAAUCCAUAUCAACUGUCUGAAUGAAAUGAGACAGCAUUUACAGUAUGCAUGCCCUCUUUGCUCAAAGUCAGUUUUUGAUAUGUCAAAGGUUUGGGAGAAGUUUGACUUGGAGAUUGCUGCUACACCAAUGCCUGAACUAUAUCAAAAUAAAAUGGUUUGGAUCCUUUGCAAUGAUUGUGGUAGAACUAGUAACGUAAAGUACCAUCUUAUUGCUCAAAAGUGCUUGAAUUGCAAAUCCUACAACACAAGACAAACUUGAGGCUGAAGAGAAAAAUGGGCAUUGUUACAUUUCAUUUCAUUCAUUGAGAAAAUGUAUUACUUUUCCCUCUUAUCCUUUGUGAAGGAAGUAGUGGCAACCCCAUGUUUAAUUGGAACAACAACUUGAACAUGUAAUGAACAUGGCGUUAAAGCCUAGUUGGGUCGGCACAUGUUCAACUUUGUCGUGUUGAACAAUUAAAACAUUGGGUUGCCACUACUUCCUUCACAAAGCAUAAGAGGGAAAAGUAAUACAUUUUCUCAAUGAAUGAAAUGAAAUGUAACAAUGCCCACUUUGUCGUGUUUUACCAAUUGCAAUUACCCUUUUAACUGUGUUUUUAGGUGUGAUAUGUGAAAUAAUGUGAACUUCUAUAAUUAGCUUUAUGGUUGUGGAAUGUUACUAGGAACUAUCUUAUCUUAUAUCCGUUUAGUAGAUCUGAAUGUCUGUCUAGUUUGGAUUAUUUAUAUAUAUAUAUAUAUAUACACACACACGACGUGUUUCACGAA